AAAUAAAUUGGAAUUUCAUUUUUAGUUAGCAAGAAAUGUCAAUAAAACUGCAACUGUGACUUUUAAACUGUCUUGACGGUGUUUUCGUUUUUAUAUAUCAAAAUAAUGGCAGAAGGAAAUGUUUUGGAUCGAGUUUUGAAAGAUAUUGGAGAUGUACAAAGCAGGCUUUUUGACCAUCGACCUUUUGUACAAGGAGAAACCAAAUUUAUCUUGAGAGAGUUUGAAGAAAAACGUAAGGAAAGAGAAGUACAGCAAAUGUUUGAAAUGCUUGAAAUGGUCACAGAAAUUAAAGAAACUCAAAUUGAAAAAGCUGUUAAACUUGGUGACAUGCAUUUAUGCAAUUUAACUGGGCAUUUUGAAGUUGCCCUUAGAAUGUGCAACAAUAUAGUUGAAAGAGAAGAAUCAGAUAAAAAGAAGCAAUAUCUGGAGCAAAGACGAGAACAGAGAAAGAAAGAAUGGAUAGCUUUUGUUGAUGACAUCCAAAAUAAAAAUAUUGCAGUGAAUCAAACUUUUGCAAACAAAGAGGAAGAAGUUAAAAAUUAUUAUACUAAAUUAGAAGAAGCUAUGCACAUAUCCCCCGUACAUUCCGACCACAGCACUUAAUAUUAUUCUUUGUAAAAAUAUUUUAUAAGAUGUAUUGCAUAUGAAAUUUUUGUCUAUUUAUUGUGACGAAUGUAUGUAUUUUUUAUAUUUAUUUGAUCUCCUUUAGAGCUUCUGUAGAUUCUAUACUUAUUAUCUAACUUAUUGGGAUACACAUAUAUUACAGUUAUUAAAAUUAAGAUGUAAUGAAUAUUACUCAGAGGAAAAAUUAAAAAUUCACCAUUACUGUUAUCUUGAUUUAUUUAACUUAUUGCUUGUCUUAGAAAUUUUUAUAAAUAUUUAAAAUAUAUAUAUUCUGGAUAUUUAUGACUUUCAAUUGUAAAAUUCCUCUAUAGUAUCAGUCCUUUAUAUAUUUUGCAUAGUAUCAGUUAACAAUCUUUAAUGUUUAAUUAUGUAAUAUUCAUCCUGAUAUAUUUUAUAUUAUACCUAAUUGAAUAAUUAAUUCAUGAUUUUAUUUAGUAAUAAUUCAUUUGAUACAUUAUAUGAAAUAUAUUAUUGCCAUUAAAUUCUAAAUAAAUUUUAUUUUUAUUGGAAGAGAGAGUUGUAAUUAUAAUUUCUCUUCUUUUAUUUCCGAUUGUGCUGAUAAGUAAAAAUGUUGCGACUUAAUAUAUAUGUAAUGCUUACUUUGGUGUAUUUAUUCUUUUGUUUUUUAAUAUUCUGACAUUUUGUUGUGGAAAUGGGGCUAUCAUUGUGACGAUUUUUUUUUAAAAAACAUAUCACAAUUUUUUUAAAUAUAAAGCUUGGAGAUUAGACCAAAAAUAUGUUUCCCACUUCAAAUCUAUGUACUAGAUUUCAAAUUUCAAUUCUAAAAUUUAUUGCCUACAAUAACAUCAAAAGAAUGUUGUUACCAAUUAUAUCUUCAAUUUUUCUUCCCUCAAAAUGUGUAUCAAGUAUCACACUUUAUGCCAUGCAUUAUAACAAUUAUUUAAAAAAAAGCCACUUUUAAUUUAACCAAAUUACAAACUGAUUAAUGGAUUUAUCAGAUUCUCAAUAAGAUGAAUAUAAGCAAAAAUAAGCGAGUUCCCAGAAGUGUUAUUCACAAACUUCUAAAUGAUUAAAAUCUCAAUUACUAUUGUAUAAAAUAGAGGAAUCUAAAUUGCAUUGGAAGGAAGAUUUGAAAUUUUUGUCUCACAUAUAUGUAAAUAAUAUAUAUAUAUAUGAAAAAUUUCACAAAAUACAUAUAUAUGUUGAAAAAAAUGCUAAUGCACAUUCUUUUAGAUAGAAAAAAUGAAGACCAAACCAAGAAAGCAGGCUGAAAUCUAAUCUUGAAUAUCAGAAAAGAUACAGAAUUUUAAACCCCAAAUAUUUAUUGAUAGAGAUAUUGUUUUUAAUAAAAUUAGUGAGCUUUAUUUUAAAAUGUGCAAUGAAAUAAUUUUUAAAAAUACCAUGAUCAGUGAUUAUUAAUCUUGUCUUACAGUUAGCAUAUUUUUGUAUAUCUAUAUAUUUCCAGUACUUUUUUUUCCCAAUAUAAUAGUAAUUUACAAAGUUUUAUCAAAAUCUAAAAUUUGAAUAAAAUAAUGAAAUAUCAUUUUAGUAUUCUGCAACAUUCUGUAGUAAACAUUAAUUCUAUAAUAUUAUACCUUAUUAGAGAAAUGCACAUUUAAUUUAUAUCUCUUAACUUUACUUGCCAAAAUUCAAGUAUCUGAAAAAAAUGUAUCUCCUUGAUUUCAAAGAAAAGAAGUAAAUACAAAAUAUGUAAUUAAAUGAAGAGGAAAAUUAAAUGUAUGAAUGAUCUCUCCCGUUCCUUUUUAAUUUUGAUUGAUGUAUAUAGCAAACAAAUUGAAAAAACUUUGCAAAGGAUGUUAACAACUCUGUAAUUAUGAAAUGAUGUUGCAAAUUAAAAAUAUUCUUUUAUGUAAAUGAUGAACAUAUUGCAGCACUAAAGAUGUAACUUUUU